AAUGGAGUGAAGUGGGGCUUUGAGCGAGCCAGAGCGAGUAGAGAAGAGAAAGGAGAAGAGCCUCCCUUCAUGAAAUCAAGCGAUCAAUCGAUCUCUCCCACCACCACCGCCGCACUCUAUCUCGCCCUGCAAUUUCAUCUUGCGGCUCUACUCCUUCUUCUUCUUCUUCUUCUUCACGGUAUAGGUUCGGAGAUUGGGACUGUGGGGAAUUCCACCCAAUCCCGCUAAAACUCCCGUUGUCCCCCUCCUGCCCGCUGUUACGAAAUCGUUCCCAAGGUUUCUGUUGCGCACUUUGCUUCCAUGCAUACGGUUCAGUUUAGAGAGCGCUGUAUGUGGGAGAGCGUUUGCUGGGACUUGGUGGGUGAAAUUUGCCGGUGCCUGGGUGUCAAUAAUGCUUCCGAGUGAGUGUAGAGGGGAAGUUUGGUGAUACAGGGCUAUUUAGGGUUUCGGUUUCGGGGGAGUCCAUGGCCUCGAUUAACGUCGAUGGGGCAAGUUCUGCUCCAGGUGAGACGGGUGGAGGACUUAGGAACAGGAAAGGGAAGAACUUCGUUGCAGCGGAAGAAACCCAAUUGUGCCGCUCGUUUCUCUUCAUCUCACAGGAGCCUAGUAUAGAGAACGGGCAGAAAUCGGUGGGGUUUUGGCAUAGAGUGCAAGUUCACUUCAAUGUCAACCGACCCGUGGGCUGUGGUGAGAGACCAGCGAGGUCGCUGGAGACGAAGUGGGGUAUCAUCAAGCAUGACGUUGCAAAAUUCAUCGAGAAUUAUGGCGCUGUGCGUGCAGAGUCUGAGUCAGGGACAUCUUCUGAAGAAAUGCUUCAGAGGGCUCUCGAGUUGUACAAGCAGAAGCAUCCCAAUAAGCAGUCGUUUACUUUUAUUCACUGCUGGCUUGUUUUGAAAGACUCGCCUCGUUGGAGUGAUGCACGCGAGGAUGUGAGGAAGACGCCCCUCUUGAAACGCAAGAUUCCUGGUGCUUCCACUGACCUCGACAAGGGUGAGGUAGAGAUGAUCGAUGUCAUGCGCGAGGGAUUGCGCGAGGACGUGAAAAAGGUGCCGCCCAUGAAGCGCAAGAGUGAGGUGGAGAUGAUUAACGCCAUCAAGGCCCAAGCCCGCGCGACAGCUGACAUGGCUGCAGCAACGUGGAGGAAGGUCGCCAUACUCGAGGAACAGAGCACGAUGGCGUUGUUCUCCAUGCCGGAGGAUCAGCUUGUUUCCGAGGAGGCCCGUGAGUACUUCAAGUUGCGAAGGGGUGAAGAACUUCAGAAACUGCGAGCUCGUUUGAGAAUAACAAGUAUACAGCCCGACCCAACCGAGGCAUGUGAAAUUUUAGGCGCUGCGCCACCAGGGGUAGCAUCACAAAGGAGUACUGAUUAAUCGCCAUUCACAGCGAUCAUGACAUUCGGACUGAUGUUAUGAUGGCUGGCUGGGCUAGCAGAAAGUGCAGAACGCUUCGAAUAUGUUGAUACAAAUGAUGUUCUGUACCAUUCAACUUGCCAUUUGUUUCGUAUCAUGAGAUUCAUCUGCUCAGGAGAAAAUCAAUUGCUCAUUUUUGGCAGAACUGGAUUAGCUCGAGGAGAAGGCUAAGUCUGGUAAGUCGAUCAUGUGAUCUGGCUCAAACCCCGUGCCUUCCACAUUCUGUCUUCGCAGAAUCAUCAAAAGCAGGUUCUAACAAACUGGUUAAGACUGCGAUGUUGUUUAAGCCACAAUGUAGCUUAUUGAGUAGUGUCGUUCAUGACGACAGUGUAUAGUUUGCCAUGUAUCCAUACAGCAAGAUUUCACACAAUAAAAGCCUUUUAGCAUCUCAGACAGGGCAUGUCUCAGGCGUUGAAGAACGUGAAGCUUCUCACAACUUGCUUAGUUGCUGAAGAUGGGUGACAUUUGUUUCGACCCUUUGUGCGGUCUUUUCACCUUUUUAAGCUCUCUAGACUCAGUUUCUAAUCGUUAAGAUUGUCCAACGAAUCCUGUAUGGAUUCGUUGUCUAGUGUAUGAAUUGUUAAGGAACUGGAACGUAUGAUCCAGAACAGCAGCUCCUCUCCUACCGGUUUCUUAAAACAUUUCUGCAGUUAUGUUUUUCGGAUUCUAUUAAAGCAAUCAAGUAUUCGAAUA